GCAGGGAUUGCAUAAGUUUAUGUUAUAACGGUUUCGUCUUAGUUAAACGUUUGAGCUCCUUUGUCAACAGUGUUUUUUUUUUUUUUUGAAAAAAUUAUUUCAGGGGUAGAUAAAUAGAGAUGCGCAGUGUUGUGUGUCCUAAUGCGACAUUUUUAGCUAAGAAGAGGUUAAAGACUUCGACCAGCAUCCUCUAAUCUAUCAUGUCCGCGAAUCUUGCUGAAAGUGAAAUAAUUGUCAUGCUUUUGUAUAGGUUUUAUUUUAAAUUUCAAUUUCGGAGUGGAUGAGAUUGAACACAUUUUUAAUCAGCUUCCAAAAUGCAAUCGCUGAAGUAUACCCUACCAGCGUACUGUCAAUUGCUGUCCUUGUUCGUCGUUUGGCUUGUAAAGUGUUUGAUGCUGUCUGUGACUGCUGACCUACCUUGCAAUCGAUCACAAAUUGAGGAAAGAUUGAAAAAAGCAAAUAUUAUUCCCGAUUUUUUUGAAAGAGCCCCGAAAUUUGUUGUGCAGAUUGAAUAUGCUCGGAAUGUAGUCGUCGAGUUUGGAAAUAUACUUGACUCGUCCAAAGUGAAACAAAAGCCUGUUUCAAUGAAAUGGCCAUCGAAUUAUACUACACUUUAUACACUCAUAAUGACAGAUCCUGACUCGGAUCCAAAAGGGUCGACUAAGUACCGCGAGUGGCAGCAUUGGGUUGUGGGAAAUAUUCCUGGCAACUGUUUUUUGGCAGGAGAGACCAUGACACCCUACAUGGGAGCGCUAGCUCCUCAUUACCUGAAGAUCAGAGGAGGUCGACAUAGAUUUAUAUUCACUAUUUAUGAGCAGAAAAAAGGAAAAAUAUACUUCACCGCUCCUCGUCUUCCUGCAAUGUUUGAUGCACGACGGACAAAUUUUUCCACUCAUUUUUUUGUUCAAGAGUACGAAUUGGGACAGCCAUUGGCGAUUAAUUAUUUCCUAGUCGAGCCAUACGAGGUAACUGCGCGGCCAAGAGGGUGGGGCUCACGAUUUUAAAAGUGCUCGUUACGUUAACGGUUUAAAGAAAACAAAUCUUUAUUCAGAGACUGGAGAAACCGAAAUGACACUCUCAGGAUUUUCAUUUUACAUUUGGAAAAUAAUAUUUUCAGCUUAGCCAGAGAAAUUCUGCUUACAAAUUUCUGAUCAAAAUAUGCACGAUAGUAUGCAACAUAUGUAUUUAGGGGGUACGUUUGUAUGUUAUAUUGAUCUAGUCUCUCUCUCUCAAAAAGUUCUAACUAAAAAAAAAAAAAUGGUUUUACGAGUCAAUGUGGGUUUCACCUCUUGUCUCCUUGUUCUUCGUUUGAAGAUACGGACGGCUUUGACGAUACAAUUAUUCAUGCCUUACGGUAUAUAAUUGCAUACCCGAAUAAAUGAAGGCGUUUUAAUUGCCACGCAUCACCUCGCCUUCAAAUAGAUUAUAUUGAAUGUAUGGUUGCACUUCCAUCAUAUAUGCUGACCAAUAUAUUUCAUUUAUAAUCGUAACGUGGAUCGGAGAGUCCUCGACCCUUGAAAACGAAGGCAGAGCAAGGUCAAUAUGUCAGGGGCACUCUUGUUAACAUAUUGUGUGCCGCACAGGGUACCGUAAAUAGGCCAAUGAAGUCAAUGAUGAAUUUAAGGAUGGGUACCUUAUCCUAAGCUCCAAAAAUGAUUCAUUGAUCGUCAUUGCUGUUAGGCAUACUUUCUUGGGACAAUGACGAAUAGUUAUGUAAUGAGUGAUGACAUUUAUACUGUCCAAUUCUAUUUUCCUUGCAAUUUUUAGCUUAUUUUGUGUUCCUUCGUGAUGUUUUGUCAUAUUCAUUACUUGUUUUUAAUUUUAUAUUUUUUGUAUUAAACAUCCCUUCAUUUUGACAA